AGUAUUCUAUAAAAAGAUCGUAAAAAGUUCGUCGACGCGUAAUCAUCGAUUCCCGUUUGAGACAACUUCGGGAACAAGUUCUCCGGAUUUUCUCCUCCUUUUUUCCUUAUCCAUCCAUCUAUCAGUUGUGCCGCGUGUCACUUCUCGCCUUGCUUAUUCCGGUGGCAGUUUUCGAGACGGCCCGGGACCGAAGCGUUAUUUCGACCUGCCGAAAACACUUCGUGUUCGUCGAUAAAACCGCCACGAUGAACGACGACUUAAUCAAUGGCGCUUUAAUUAGGCACGCGAUCGAUCAGCAACCUUCCGCUCGGCUGCGACCGAGGAAGAAAACGAGACUCCCUCGUGCACGUCUCCCUCCGCAUAUAAAUCGCGCGUAAAAUCGCAAUUUAUCGCUCGAUCUCGUCAACGAGAGUCCGGCACCCCGUCCGGCAGAUCGGCAGGUGGAUCUGAGCGGGACGCUUAAUUAGUCGGCGGUGAUUUCGAGACGUCGGCGUCGCGUCGGGUGCGCAGGGCGUGUGCCGCGCGCGAUGUCGUUGGCACCGAGGAUCACGGCGGCUAGCUCUCUCGUCGACCAGCUCUCUGCUCGUGCUACUCCCGUGGUCAAGGUCGCCGGAACGGGGCCCGGGUAGGGUGCGGGUCGCGCGGGGCCUUCGAUGGAGUAGGUAUAUAUGGGCGUCCUCGCGCGCCCGGAAUACCAGAUUCGCACAAGUUGGUCCUCCCCGCCGCUCGCAGGUACCGGUGGGGACCAGCCGGUGUGGUGUCUUUUUAAAAUUCAACGCGGCAAUUUGACGCGCGCCUCGAAGAUACCACUCGGGCGAUUCACUGCACUCUGUCCUCGCCUGAAGGGUCCGUGCUCUCUCGAUCAGUGCAGCCCGAUCGCGCGUCGCUGUCGGGUGUUCCGUUCGUACGGAGGACCAAGUGCCCACACGAACAGCAGUCCCACUUGGCUCCGGUCAGUAAGAAGCAGAUACGCACGCACUGCUGCUACGUCGGGCAGGAGGAAGUACCUGUCAGGAAGGUUCGCUUGUAAUCCAACCAGCCAGCCAGCCAGCCAGCCAGCUAGCCAUGGCCACGGCCACGGCGUGGACAAUUAUCUUGAUUCUGGCGGUGGGCUUAUCGCCAUCCGGCGUUCUCCCGUAUCGAGUGCCGAGCCGCGAGAUUCCGCCUAGCCCGUGGAAUCCGAAUCACCAGCAACGGCAACAUCUUGACGACACUCCCCGGUUCCACCGAGGCGCCGUCGAGAGCCCGCCGAUCGGGCGACGUCCUCCGGCUGAUUUAGAUUACGACGAGUUUGGCUCGCGCAGAUAUCCCCUGCGCGAUGCGGUCGAGGCACUGCCAAUCGGCGAGCCUAAUCAGCCCCGGAACGAGAAUCAAAGCUGGAACAGGAGAUUGCCUCUGAGAGACGCAGUGGAGCAUCGCGAGGCGCCUUUCCUCGGCGGUGUCGAUUACGACUCCAUUUGGAUCGAGCCGUUGGCACCGCCGACCCUGCGGAGGACACAUCAUCAGGUCUCCGAGCCCAAAGUUGUUUGCCACUUGGAUUCCAGAGCCGUGCACCGGACUGACCCAUUCUCCUUGUUCCCGCAGAACGUGCCUGACUUCAAGUGCACUCAUCUGGUGUACGCCGCAGCCACGAUCGAUCCGCAGAGACUAGUCGUCGUGCCCAGAGACCCAGAGUACGAUCGAGUGAGAGGUGGCUACAAUGCCGCCACGGCGCUUCGUUCGAAGGACCCAGGGCUGCGCGUGCUGAUAUCCAUCGCGGAUGGAUUUCAGUCGAGUUCCAAUCGAGGACUACUCUUCGCCGAGGUCGUACGACGAAACUGCAGCCUGCACUGCAACGACUUGGUCCUAUCUAUAUUCGAUUUCGUCGAGGAGUAUCGCUUCGACGGUGUCGAGAUCGACUGGCCGAACUCUGUCGAAUAUUGGGAGAGCUACAAACUUCUGUUGAAGAAGAUCGCCAAACCACUGGCUAGGAAGGGGUACACCUUGGCGGUAACAGUGAGACCGACAGACCCCGUGGAUCCGGAGAUCGCAUCUAUCGUCGAUCUAAUAUUUUUGAGAAGUUGGCAAGACUUCACCGAUCAGGACGGGAAGAAGUUCGCUCUUCACCCAGCUCCGCUGAACUUUGUCGCGCGUAACACGAACAAAUGGAUCGAACAGAUCGGCACGAGACGAGCGUCCAAGAUCGUUCUCGGUCUGCCGAUCUUUGGUCAAGGGUACACCUUGAAGUACAGCAACUUCACCGACGCCGGAGCGCCGGCGGUAGGACCCGGCAAAGAAGGAUCGUAUACCAAACACAGAGACGGCAGAUUGGCAUACUACGAGGUGUGCGAGAAAUUGGAGGAUACCUUAUGGGUAUCCGGCAGAGACGAGGAGGGACCGUAUUUGAAGCGUGGUGAUCAGUGGAUCGGUUACGAGGAUCCCAUCUCGGUGAAGAUCAAAACAGCGUACGUCCGCGCGACAGGACUCGGCGGGAUUUCCUUGUGGUCGCUGGAUUUGGAAGAUUUUCAGGGUAUCUGUGGAAAUCCUUGGCCAAUGUUGAACGCGGCCACGCAAGCUUUGGGACGCUACGAGAACAGUCCUGCGAGGAAGUGUUCGAAGGACGGUCUCUUCAGAGACCCGCAGAACUGUUCUGGAUACUAUUCUUGCGUGAAAGGUUUGCAGCACCACGGCAACUGCGGCCACGACAGGUUCUUCGACCCGAGCGAAGGACGUUGCGUAGCGGCAACUGCGGACGUCUGCAAGCCUAUCUUCGCCGAUCGAAAUAUCGUGACGCACGAAGUUUCACCGGCAUCCUUCAUGGAAGUCAAGAAGCAAGAAACGGAGUUGCUACAACAGGAUGGCCCACGGGUGGUGUGUUACUUAACGUCUUGGGCACUCUACCGCAAGGACGACGGUAAAUUCGUGCCGGAACAGUUGGACUCACGACUAUGCACCGACAUCGUCUACGCCUUCGCCGGAUUGAACCCUGACACCCUGCUGAUUCAACCAUUCGACCCUUGGGCUGAUAUCGAGCACAAUCUGUACCAGCGAGUGACCUCGAUCAAGGGCUCAAGGGUCCUGUUGGCUUUGGGCGGAUGGACCGAUAGUUCCGGCGACAAGUACUCGCGAGUGGUCAGCAACGACGCAGCUCGACGCAAGUUCAUCGCCGGAGCGGUGAAUUACCUAAAGAAGCACAACUUCGACGGUCUGUCACUCGAAUGGAGUUACCCCAAGUGUUGGCAGAGUGACUGCAAGAAAGGUCCAGAUUCCGACAAGCCAAACUUCACCAAGCUGGUGCGCGAAUUGCGACAAGAGUUCGACAAGCAAAAGCCGCCACUCCUCUUGGCCGUCGCGCUAUCGGGUUACAAGGAGGUCAUCGACAAAGCGUACGAGGUGCGCGAGAUCUCUCACGCUGUCGAUUUCAUGUCGGUCAUGAGCUACGACUACCAUGGAGCCUGGGAAUCGAAGUCGGGCCACAUAGCGCCGUUGUUCGGCACUUUCAGCGACAGCAAUCCCUACUACAACGUCAACUUCACGAUGAACUACCUCGUCGGGCUCGGCGCCGAGAAGACGAAGCUUCUGGUCGGUAUUCCGACGUAUGGUCAGUCCUACCGACUCGCGACAGAGAACCAAGCUGAUUUAGGUGACCCUACGACUGGCCCUGGUAAGCCCGGGCAGUUCACCAAGCAACCCGGGAUGUUGGCUUAUUACGAAAUCUGCGACAGGAUCAAGCGACACGGCUGGAAGACAGGAGUGGGACCGAGCGCUCACUUCGCCAACCAAUGGGUCGGCUACGAAGACCGAGAGAGCGUCUACGCGAAGGGCAAGUACAUCACAGGAAACAGCUUCGGCGGCGCCACGAUGUGGACGAUCGAUCUGGACGACUUCCAGAACCGCUGCUGCUUAGAGUCGUAUCCGCUGCUGAAGACCAUAAAUCGCGCGCUGGGCCGCCUGUCAUCACCGCCACUCACUUCAGAGGACUGUCAGCGUCCACCGCAACCGGUGACACCUCAACCGCCGACGUUGACCACUCACAGUGACGCCGCGGAUGGUAGUCCGCGACCCACCAGACCGAUGACGACGUCCAGCACCAAGGCGACCACGUGGCCCACGUGGACGGACAGACCGAGCACUACGACUCAGAAAAGCACCAGGACCACGUGGCCCUCGUGGACCUGGACCAGCGCGAAACCCAGCAAGAUCCCGCAGGAGACAACUGUGCCUAGCACGACUGUAUCGUCACCUCAGCCACCGAGCACAUCUGCCAGCACCACCACGUCACCGUGGAGCACAACCAGAACGACUACGACCACGCGUCCUACGAUGUUCACAACGCAGAGGCCAGCCGAGUUGACGUCGAUCGUACCACCAGGAAUGACCUGCACUAGUGGCGAAUACUACAGAGACCCUGAGAACUGCGGGAACUACUAUCGAUGUGUCCGAGGAGAGCUAAAGCGCGAACAAUGCGCCCCCGGAUUGCACUGGGAUGCGGAACGUCGUCUGUGCGAUUGGCCGUCGGCUGCGAAAUGUCAAGAGAAGAUCGACUCGACCUCGACGACUAGCAGUGUUUUGUGGAGCUCGACGAAGAGGCCAACGACUCUUACGACUUCCAAGACUACGACGACGAUGAGGACAACCACGACGACGACGACGACGACGACGACGACGUCUGUGACUGAGCGACCCACGAGAUUCACCACGACGAAACCGAUCGUUAUCAUUACGGACAGGCCGAACAAAACGUGUCAGCACGGCCAGUACUAUCCGUCGCCGGACUCAUGCACGCACUUUCUGGUCUGCGUGAACGGUGAUCUCGUGUCACAGCAGUGCGGCCCGGGUCUAAAUUGGAACAACGAGAAGAACAUGUGCGACUGGGCCUUCAAGAUGCCAUGCGUGGAGAAACCCCGUAAGAACGCCUUGCUCUUGGAGAAGGACGGCGCGUCGGAAAGCUGCGUAUCCGGUAGCUACAGCAGCGUGCCGGGUGACUGCAAGAGCUACCGAGCGUGUCUGUGGGGCCGGCAGGAGGUGUUCAGCUGUCCGCCGGGUUUGCACUUCAACAAGGAGACUCGCAUCUGUGACUGGCCGCUCAUCGCCAAGUGCGCAGAGGGGAACGACAACGCGGAGGAGACGACGCAACGACCGUCGUCGUCGACGACGACCACGAAGGCGCCCGUUCGACCGCAGGUCUCGCAAAAGCCCACACAAGUGACGACCACCACAGAGAAAGCUCCGACUAUGAGCACAAGCUCGAUCACGACGACUCAACCGACGUCGACCUUACCCUCUGCGAUCAUAGACCCCGAUAAAGUGUCCCCGUUGUCCGGUUACUACAAGGUAGUCUGCUACUUCACGAACUGGGCCUGGUACCGUCGCGGAACCGGCCGCUACUUGCCCGAGCACAUCGAUCACACCCUGUGCACACAUAUCGUGUACGGCUUCGCGGUGUUGGACUACUCCGAACUGGUCAUCAAAGCGCACGACUCAUGGGCGGACUUCGACAACCGCUUUUAUGAACGAGUGGUGGCAUAUAAGAAACGCGGCCUCAAGGUACUCUUGGCCCUGGGCGGAUGGAACGACUCAGCUGGCGACAAGUACAGUCGACUGGCGAACAGCCCGGCCUCCCGGAAGAAGUUCAUCGACCAUGCUAUCCGGUUCCUCGAGAAAUACAACUUCGACGGUUUGGACCUGGAUUGGGAGUAUCCAGUCUGCUGGCAAGUGAACUGCAACAAAGGCCCGGAUUCGGACCGAGAUGGUUUCGCGGCCCUGCUGCGAGAACUGAGUGCUGAGCUGAAGCCGAGGCAGUUAUUACUGACAGCCGCGGUGUCGCCGAACAAGAUGGUCAUCGACAAGGGCUACGACGUGCCCGCGUUGGCUAAAUACUUGGACUGGAUCGCAGUCAUGACGUACGACUAUCACGGCCAGUGGGACAAGAAGACCGGACACGUCGCGCCCUUGUAUUACCACCCGAACGACGAGUUCUACUUCUUCAACGCCAACUACACGAUCAAUUACUGGAUCUCGAAAGGUGCACCGCCGAGGAGCAUCGUCAUGGGGAUACCUUUAUACGGUCAGUCCUUCACGAUCAACGAUCCCAGAGCCAACAGCGGUCUGAAUUCGCCAGCGAGCGCUGGGAACGCUGGUGAGUUUACCAAAGCCGCUGGCUUCUUGUCGUACUACGAGAUUUGCGAUCGCGUGCGCAAUCGCGGAUGGACGGUUGUGCAGGAUCCGGAGGGAAGGAUGGGUCCAUACGCUUACAAGGGCAGUCAAUGGGUCAGCUUCGACGACCCUAGCAUGAUUCGGAAGAAGGCGCAAUUUGUGCGCGACCUCGGACUAGGUGGUGGCAUGAUCUGGGCCUUGGACCUGGACGAUUUCCGCGGACGAUGCGGCGAUGGGCCCCAUCCGCUCAUGCAUGUGCUUCAAGAGGUGCUGGCGAGUCCACCUAACGAACAAGACAAGCCCAUGAAGCCACCGUCGGUCGGACAAGACUUGGAUUGGAAGCCGCCGACAACGACGACGACGAUGCCGUUUACCACUUUAUCCGCGCAAACGAUAAAGCCGGUGACCACGCCGGCGGAUCGCGUGCAUGACGAUGCUAAGGACAAGUUCAAGGUCAUCUGCUAUUUCACGAAUUGGGCUUGGUAUCGACAAGAAGGCGGUAGAUUUGUACCGGAAGACAUAGAUCCCGACCUGUGCACCCACAUUCUCUACGGAUUCGCUGUGCUGGACGGCUCGAGUCUCACGAUGAAGUCCCACGACCCAUGGGCCGAUAUAGACAACAAGUUCUACGAAAAGGUGGCGGCCUUCAAGUCGAAGGGUCUGAAGGUGCUCAUGGCGCUUGGCGGUUGGAACGAUUCGGAGGGUGACAAGUACAGCCGACUGGUGAACUCGCCGUCGGCCAGGCGGAAGUUCGUGGCGCAGGUGUUGCACUUCAUCGAGAAGUACGGCUUCGAGGGCCUCGAUCUUGAUUGGGAGUACCCGGUAUGUUGGCAGGUCGAUUGCAAGAAGGGCCCCGAAUCGGACAAAGAGGGCUUCAGUCGGCUGGUGAAGGAACUGAGCGACGAGUUCAAGCCGAAGGGAUUGCUCCUCUCCGCGGCGGUCUCGCCGAGCAAGAGGGUCAUCGACGCGGGAUACGACGUGCCGGCCCUCUCCGAGUACUUGGACUGGAUAUCUGUGAUGACAUAUGAUUUCCACGGCCAGUGGGACAAGAAGACCGGCCAUGUCGCUCCGUUGUACGGUCUCCCGAACGAUUGGGAACCCACGUUCAAUGCCAACUUCUCGAUCCGUUACUGGAUCGAAAAGGGAGCGAACCCGAAGAAGUUGGUGAUGGGCGCGCCGUUGUACGGACAGUCGUUCUCGUUAGCGGAGAGGAACGAGCACGGAUUGAACGCACCGACAUACGGCGGUGGUGAGGCUGGGGAGGCGACCAGAGCGAGAGGAUUUCUGUCGUAUUACGAGAUAUGCGAGAGAACACUGAGGAGAGGAUGGACAGUGGUUCAAGACAAAGAGAGGAGAAUCGGUCCCUACGCGUACAAGGGUGACCAGUGGGUGAGUUUCGACGACUCUCAGCAGAUCAAACUGAAGGCGGAGUUUAUCAAGAAACUCGGCCUCGGCGGAGGCAUGGUCUGGGCCUUGGAUCUGGACGACUUCAAAAACAGAUGCGGUUGCGAGCCUAGUCCGCUGUUGAGAACGAUGAAUCGAGUCUUGAGGAACUACCCGAAGGGUCCGCUGUGCCCUGUCACUGGCGACACAGGCUUGAUCAUGAUCGACGUUGGUGAAAGCGGCAUCGAGUCCACGACUGUCACGGAACGUCCGAUAUACGAAUCCACCACAUCGCCGAAACCAACGUAUUUGCCACCGUCGUCAGCAACUACAACGAUGACGACAACGACGACGGAACAGGAUAUUGAUGAUACCAUUGAAAUCGAAGCUGGUCCAGCACCUCCGGUCGCCACUCCGAUUGGAGAUUGCGGUGGGCGUUUGUUCAUACCGCAUAAGAGCGAUUGCAGCAAAUACUACCUCUGUAAUUUUGGCAAGCUCACGGAACACUCCUGCCCGCCUAAACUCCAUUGGAACGAGGAUCGAUGCGAUUGGCCGGAGAACACCAAGUGCAGAAGCGUUCAACGUCAAAUCGACGAAGCGAUCGCGAUGAGAAUCAGCGAAGACAACAAGAUCAACAAGAAGAAGGUGGUUUGCUAUUAUACGAAUUGGGCUUGGAAGCGAGCGAGCCUCGGCAAAUUCCUACCGAAAGACCUCAACAGCGAACUUUGCACACAUAUCGUGUACGCUUUCGCUACGUUGAACACACGGAGACUGUCGGUGGACAUCGAGGAUUCAGUUGAGGUGUACAACGACUUCCUGGACCAAAUGGCAGAGUUCAGGAAGAAAAGCAACGUCAAGGUACUGCUUGGAUUAGGCGGUUGGAACGACUCGAAGGACGACAAGUACAGCCGACUGACCGGCGACAAAUCAGCCAGGAGGAAAUUCGCUCAUCGCGCCGCGUUAUUCGUCGAGAAGCACGGAUUCGAUGGUCUGGAUCUUGAUUGGGAAUACCCGGUGUGCUGGCAGGCCGACUGCAGCCGCGGUUCGCGCAGCGACAAGGAAGGCUUCGCGAUGCUGGUGAAAGAUCUUAGCACGGCCUUCAAGUCCCGAGGACUGCUGUUGUCCGCCGCAGUCUCGGCCAACAAAGUCAUCAUCGACCUCGCCUAUGACGUGCCGUCCUUCACCGAGCACCUCGACUGGAUCGGAGUGAUGGCGUACGACUAUCACACCUCCUGGGAGAACAAGACUGGCCACAUCGCGCCGCUCUCUACCUACUCCGGUGACGGUACUCCACAGCUGAACGUGAACUACUCCAUGAGGUAUUGGCUCAACAAAGGCGCUCUGCCCGAGAAGCUCGUCAUGGGUGUACCCACUUAUGGGCAGAGCUUCACUUUGUCCGAGACUCAGCAAGGCUCUCGGACUGUGCCAGGCUUCCAUGCGAAGGUCUCUGGACCUGGGGAACCUGGCAAAUUCACGAAGUCGGCUGGUUUCUUGGCUUACUAUGAGAUAUGCGAUUAUGUGAGGAACGAUGGAUGGUCAGUGGUGAAGGAUCCGAUGGGUCAUGUGGGACCGUACGCGUCGAAACACAAUCAGUGGGUCAGCUAUGACGACGUGUCCGACGUGGUGAGGAAGGCCGAGCUCAUAAAGGAACUGAACCUCGCCGGUGGUAUGGCAUGGUCCGUAGACCUGGACGACUUCAACAAUCUCUGCGGCUGCGGCACAUUCCCAUUGUUAACAGCGCUGAAUCGCGGACUCCGAGGAGAAGACGAUCAUGGGUCCACAGACUGCACUUGAACUGCAUCCCGAAAUAGAACGUGUAAGAGGAUGAUGCGAGUGAUCGUCGAACUCGAAGAGUGCGCAUUACCGUCCCAACGAACGCCGUCCUACGAUCCUGUUGCUUGUUGCAAUGUCGCUGUCUCGCUGAUUCUCUCGUUUAAUCUCCGUAUAUCCUGCGUUCGUCAUGGUCGAAUCUCAAUAAUACUGCCGAGCAUCGUGUUCUUUUGAUUAAUGCUUUACUCUCCAGGCUUCUCGGAGUGGAAUUCCAUUCGAAAAGUAGAGUGAGACCACUGAGAAUUCGCUCGUAUAGUGUAAAUUCUCCGCUCUGAAUCGAGUAGUAAUAUUUACAUUGCCGCUUUGAGGAAAAACACUGCCAAUUUUCAUUCAUUUUGAGUGAGACUCUCCGAGACAUUCCGAGAAAUUUGGGGAGCAUCAAGCGAGCUUAGUUUAUUCCUGCGGUUCGAAGAGCACUGCGAUCAGGUAACUGUUCCAUGUGUGUCGCAGCUGUCCGAGCAUCUCCUUGAAUUCGCCGAGUGAAGGCUCGGAAUAACGUUAAGUCGCGCUCGGUUUGCUCAAUGUGACGAAAAAUAUUGUCGAUCGCCACGCAAAUGAUCCUGAUGUCGUAACAACUGAUAUUGACGCGAAAACUUUCAGACGACGAUCACGUAAGGUUCGGGUGUGAUGUUUUGACACCGCGUGUAAAAAUUGUUCGACUGUAUAAAUAAGAUAUGUUACGUUAAUAUGUUAUAACCCGCUCAAUGAUUGCAUAUUGCGACACUUUUCCGGAUGACGUAAAGGAGGAGAGAUUUGUGAGAAGGAGGAGAACGGGGAAAGAGGGAUGCAGAAACAGGGGAAAAGGAAGACGAUGUCUCUCCUCUUUCGAAUUUUGCUCCUUCUGCAACGUCACCCGCGAAGAUUAAAACGCUCCUUCGUUCUAGCGUGCGUAUUUGUAAUUAAGAUUGCGCGUCACGGUCUUGUCAUGACCUGUCAAGUGUAUGACUGAUCGGUCGACACUUCCGGAAUUGUAAUAACGAUAAGACGAUUAAAGGGAAACAGUAAAUCAUACGUGGCUCGAUUUAUAGACACAAUACCGACGGUAUGAAUAUGAUAAGUAUGAUACUCGCACACGCUUUGGUAAUUCAAAUUUAGGUUGAGGAUUGAUACCAUCUGUGAAAAUAGGCAUGGAAAACAGUCAACGUGUUAAAGAGCCUGCGUAGUUCCUUAUCGCGAGAUAUAUUCGCGAUCAUUUCUAUUUUUACUAGAACGCGUUUCCGUGUACAAUCGAGUCUCUCUUCGCGCGAAUGUUUUCCAUAAAAAUAUGCUCGGCUGUUUACAUCGAUCACUAAUCACUAAUUAUCCUGAGCACACGAUGAAAACCGCUAUUAAAGUCAAAGUUACGAAAUUAAGUCGUUUUUCACGUGAAAAUGCUCGAUCUGAAUACGAUUUAAAAGUAUCGGCCGCAAUUUUCUCCAUGCCAUCAUCCGAUCUCGAGUUUUGUUCAAUCGAUUUUACUUGGCUAA